AUUUUGCAAGAUUGCCACAAGGUGGCAUGAGAAGCAGCAGGAGGAAUAAGGACAGCAAGGCACUCAUUGCUCUCACUGCACUCUGCAAGCAGAAGAGACACACACAGUUCAUCCUCCGGAGCUGCCUGUCAUCCUCAUCCUCAUCAUGACCAUUAACAAUCUCCAGCAAGGCAAGAAUUAUAAAGUGCAAAUGUCAUGUCUGGCCAAGAUGGAGCGUUUGAUCGUGGCCAUGCAGGACCCAGAUGUCGGCAUCAAAAUGAGAAACCAGCGCUUGCUCAUCACGGUGAUUCCUCACGCCAUGACCGGUAACGACGUGGUAGAAUGGCUCAUACAAAAACUUUCCAUCAAUGAGGAAGAGUCUCUGCACCUCGGGAACUUGCUUGUGAAGUUUGGAUACAUCUACCCCCUGAAGGACCCCAGGAACCUCAUUCUGAGAGCAGACGAUUCCCCGUACAGGUUCCAGACCCCAUACUUCUGGACAACCAACAAAUGGCCUGCCACAGAACUGGACUACGCAAUUUAUCUGGCAAAGAAAAACAUCAGAAAACAAGGAGAUUUGGUGGAGCAUGAGAAGGAUAACUAUAAUCAGCUGCACAAACGAAUCAACCACACGUGGGACUUUGUGGUGAUGCAAGCACGAGAGCAACUCAGGGCCGCCAAGCAGCGACGAAAAGGCGAUCGGAUCGUCAUUGAAUGCCAGGAACAGGCGUACUGGCUCGUCAGCAAGCCAUCGCCCGGGUGUUUAAAUGUGAUGGAUCACGGUCCGGAAAGGGGAGACUGCUAUGCGGGAAGAAUGCAGCUUGGAAAGAAUGCAGAUUACUACAAAAGAGAGAUAGAAUGUCUGAAAAAGGCCAUGGCACGAACUAGGGUGAAAUCCUCCAUCUGCCUAGAAGGCUUCAUUAAGUUCAGUGAACAGUACUUGCCACAUGACCCCAUCAUGUCUGGCUGUCUUCCCAGUAACCCAUGGAUAACAGACGAUGUCACAUUCUGGACAUUAAAUGCACCCUUGGUACCAAUGCCAACUAAACUGCGGCUUGACCGAUGGACCUUUAAUUUUAUGGAGGUGCUCAAUGACCAGCGGGGCCGCAAGGAGUUUUUACAGUUCUUGGAGAAGGAGUUUAGCGCUGAGAACCUCCUCUUCUGGGAGGCCUGUGAAGAUUUACGGUACGGAGAGCAUUCGAAAGUGACAUCCACUGUGCAGUCUGUAUAUGAGCAGUUUCUGGCUCCUGGAGCGACGCGCUGGGUAAACAUUGACAGCAAGACAAUGGAAAAGACACUAGAAGGUAUAAAGAACCCACAUCGGUAUGUGUUUGAUGAUGCCCAAAUGCAUAUCUACAUGUUGAUGAAAAAGGAUUCAUUUCCCAGAUAUUUGAAAUCUGAAAUGUACAAGAAUCUGCUCGGUCAAGCUUUUAUCCCACCAGAAACGAAGAAAGGCGUGUUUCCAUUUAUGAGAAGACAGCGUCACUCCAGUCCCAGUCCGGCCUUCCUAUUCCCACCGGGAGACCAAGAUCCAAGGUUGGAUGGGGACAGUAAAGUGAACUCACCGGCAGCCAUCUCACAGCUGUCCCCGCUAAGCAGUCCCUUGGCUAAGUUACCUGGAAAUCUAUUGCCUGCUUGUCCCGAAGAAGGACAGUCCUUGCACGGUGCCUCCUCCUCCUCUGCUCACCCGGAAGCUCCUUCCACCUUCCUACCUCCCUCCGCGAAUGGCUCUGAGAGGAAUGAAAUCCCCCUGGAAUGCCAAAUAUACAUUGUAGAUAAAGCCUUCAAUGCGCAAGAGGACCUGAAGAAACCACAGGCAGACACGGAAAGCCUAGAAUCUUCCACCGUGUUUUGAUGGCAAGGCUGCUGUUCCUACUCCUUUUCCCGUCAACCACUGGGUCAGGUGCCUUUAUACAGAGAAGUAUGUAAGAUUUUGGACAUCAGCGGCUCAAGUGGAGAAACAUGAAGCUUGACAAACACUCCGAUUCCAGUUUUCAUUUUUCCACCGCAGGUUAGAAAAUAAAUGAAACAUGAUUGGUUGGUAUAGGCAAUACUACAGUCUUCCUUUACCCCAGUUUUUAUAAAUAUAUAUAACCUGUGCCUCAUUAGCUGUUGGAGGAGCCCCAACAUUCCUUCCCAGCCCAUGUGUAUUGUAAGUCAGGACAAGUUAUAUCUCUAAUGGUAUACAAUGUGUAUAUGCUGUGCUGUAACCAGAGCACCAAUACAUAGCUUGUUUGUAUCA